CCCAUCCCUCUCUCUCUCUCUCUCUCAAAAGAGAAAUGACAGAAAGAAAAGAGAACAUAGUGAUGUUCCCAUUCAUGGCACAAGGCCAUAUCAUCCCUUUCUUAGCAUUAGCACUUGAGUUAGAAAAGAAAAAUGGAUACACCAUAACCUUUGUGAACACUCGUCUCAACAUCAAGAAACUCCGACCCUCAUUCCCUCCAAACUCGUCCAUUCGCCUCCUUGAAAUCCCAUUCAAUAGCUCCGACCACAGCCUCCCUCCAGACACCGAAAACACGGGCUCUCUCCCUCUCCUCCUCCACCUCAUCGUCAUCUCUCCCGCUCUGGAGCCUGCCUUCCGAGACCUCAUCUCCAGCAUCGUCCUCGAACAUGGCCGCCCACCACUUUGCAUUAUUUCGGACAUGUUCUUCGGAUGGUCUACCAAAGUUACUCAUGAAUUCGGUGCAUUUCGUGCAAUAUUCAAUGCUAGUGGGAGCUAUGGCAUGGCUGUUUUUCACUCUUUAUGGCUAAACCUUCCUUACAAGAAAGUGAAUUCCGAGGAGUUUCGUAUGCCGGGCUUCCUCAGAGGCCACCAGGUUCACACCAAACAGUUACCAGAACAUUUUCAAGUAGCAGUGCCCGUUAGGCCUAUUCUGUCUUCCUUGGGAAGCAAAGCUCGUGUUGGUGAUGACGCUGAAGCCACAAUGCAUCUUUGCAUGAAAUGGCUUGAUUCAAAGCCUACAAAUUCAGUUCUUUAUGUGGCGUUUGGGUCACAAAGUGCACCAUUACCAUCACGAACAAUCCAGUUGGCCAUAGCUUUGGAAGCUUGUGGCAAAAAUUUCAUUUGGGUGGUUUGGUCACCACCAUCGAACUCAGUCACAGAUCAUGAACAUAACGAUGGAGAAUGGUUGUCGAGAGGCUUUGAAAGUCAUAUUGAAGAUAGCAACAAAGGGCUGCUAGUGCAACAAUGGGCACCCCAAUUGGAAAUUUUGUCCCAUAAAUCUCUAUGUGUGUUUUUAACCUACUGUGGGUGGAACUCAGUGCUUGAAGCUCUCAGCAAUGGAGUCCCAAUGCUUUCAUGGCCGAUAGGGGCAGAACAAAACUUCAAUGCCAAGAUGUUGGAGGAAGAGAUAGGACUCUAUGUUGGGGUGGCUAGUGGGAGCAGUGAGAUUAAUCAUAAAGAUUGGUUUGUAGCAAAAGUUUUUAGCCUCUUUUGGGAACAUAGUUUUUAG